AUAUUUAUUAACAAUUAUUGAUACUUUUUCCAAAUUUGCUUGGGCAAUUCCUGUUAAAAAUAAAACUGGAGAAAGUGUAUCAAAGGCAAUGAGUAUUUGUUUUAAAAACCUACCUCAAGGGGUUGAUCUGAACUCACAGCAUAAACUACCAAAAAAUUUACAAACGGAUAAUGGGAAAGAAUUUUAUAAUAAAGAUUUUAAAAAACUCAUGGAACAAAAUAAAAUUAAUCAUUAUUCAACGUAUAGCGAUAAAAAAGCUACAAUUGUUGAAAGAUUUAAUAAAUCACUCAUAGAAUUAAUGUGGAAACAAUUCAGUAUACAGGGUAAUUAUAAGUGGGUUGAUAUAUUACCAAAUUUGUCAAAUAUUUAUAACAAUAGAAAGCAUAGAACUAUAGGAAUGACACCGUGUGAAGCGUCAAGCCGUCUUGACAAGCCCCAAAGAGUCGCGUCUGAAAGACUAACUAGUAAACUGUGUGAGAAGACGUCUGAAAGACUAAGUACAAAGGAUGCGCCUGAAAGACACCUGAAGAUGCGAUUCAAAGUUGGUGAUUAUCUGAUUUUUGGUGCAGGAAAAAUGUGAGCCGGAACAUAUGCUUUUGUAUACUACUGAAAUCCAUAUUAUCUCCAUGGUAGAUGUCGUAUAUAAAUCCAUCAUGGAUGUCCAUUAGACAUCUGUUAUAGAUGUAUGAUAGAUUUAUACAAGUAUGUUUCUAAUAAAACAAAAUUUAAUUUUUAUUUAAGUAUUAUUUAAAAUUCUCAGCUAAUGUUUUGAGAGUAUACUUAAAAAUGUGUAAUAUUAUAUAUUCUAUUUUUAAUUUAUAUACAAUUUAAAUUUUUAUUAAAAUUUUUUACUAAACUAAAAUAUAAUUAACAA